AUGAUGAAACGAAGGACUCACAACAAGUCUCGACACGGCUGUCGAAACUGCAAAAAGCGCCAUGUCAAAUGUGACGAGGGAGGCCCUCCCUGCACCAACUGUCUAGCCCGUAAUCUAGAAGGCUGCUCAUAUCUCACCGAACCACCAACCCAACUCCCAGCAACAGAGACCAGGCGCAGAAUAGAGCUUGAACUCAUGCACCGCUGGACAUCAUCAAGCUACAAAAGUCUAGCCAGUAUUCCAGAAGAUAACCAAUGGCUACAAGAAGACAUGGCUCGCUGGGCUCUUAAACACGAGUAUCUCCUACAAGGCAUGUUUGCCUUCUCAGCUCUCGAAGUCGCGCUCUGCGGCGGUGCUGUAGUUGUUGAAGAAGACCAUGACACUUACUACGCCAAGUUGGCGGUGGAGUACUACGAUAAAGCGAGCCGCUCGUUCAGAGCACAGCUUGAGAACGUCAACUCUGAGAAUGCCCAGAAGAUCUUCAUGUUCUCGUUCCUCGCUGUUGCUGUAAACAUGGCUCUCGGCCAAUGCAGUGCCUUUGAAGAGCUUCACGAAGGUGUUUUGGAACGCAUGGUGACAUUGUGGGAGCUCCUCAUGGGAAAUGCCUCUAUCGCCAAUCAGCACUUCGACGCUUUGAUAUCAGGAGCUUUAUCGCGGUCUACAGAGGCUUUAAUGUUAAGAACACAACUCCAGACUGAGACACCUACAUCGUUGAGCAAAGAAACCGAGGACGCUCUGGAGAGUCUAAGCACUAUCAUCAACAAAGCCUGCGACACACCUUCUGGUUCAACUCCCAACGACCAGUCCGAAGCCAGCGUCCGAAUCAGCUCUUACCGCACCAGCUUCUCCGCCAUACAAACGUGUUUCGUCCAAGAUUCCAAAGAUGUCUUCAAAGGAAUGGCCAUAGGAUUUCCAGCUCUGGCAGGACGAGAGUUUGGGCUAGCGCUCAAGAGUUCAGAUCCAGUUGCUUUGCUUCUUAUGGUCUUCUGGGGAGUGCAGCUUGACACGUUGGGCAAGAUCGCUUGGUGGGUAGGCACGUUUGGUAAGAAGAUGGUGGAUGAGGUCUCAGAGAUGCUGUGGGAACCUGAUCCUGAGUUUGAGGUUAUGACUAUGUCGGAGUGGAGAGAGUGUAUCACUUGGGCGAGGACGGAGGUUGGUCUGACACCCAUCGUCGAGACUACCAAGGAGUAA